UUGUUUGAGAGUCAAUUGCAUGGAUUUUUGUCCGUAAUGAAGUUCAUAGUUUUUUUCGUCUACAUACCUUUUGUUUACUCAGAAUCACACACCUUCAUAACUACAUACACUGGAAUAAAUGGACAUACGAUUGAAGGCAUCCCAGAGUUUUCUGCCGUAACUACUCUGGAUGGACGACAGAUUGAUUAUUAUGACAGUGAGAUAAAGAAGCUGAUUCCCAGACAGGACUGGAUGAAGGAGUUUGCAUCUACAGACACGUGGAAAGAAGACACUGAGAUCAGACAACAAGUACAGCAGAUCUACAAAAACAAUAUUCAUGUUCUAACAGAGCGAUUCAAUCAGUCACAUGGUGUUCAUACGUAUCAGAGGAUGUAUGGAUGUGGUUGGGAUGAUCAGACUGGAGCUUCAGAAGGGUUUGAUCAGUACGGUUAUGAUGGAGAGGAUUAUGUCGCACUAGACGUGAAGGAGCUCAGAUACAUGACACCUGUACCACAGGGAUUCAUAACAAUGGCCAAGAGGAAUAAUGGCAGACCCCAGCUUAAAUUACAGGUUAAAUACAAUAUUUGCGGGCUGUAA